CACCAAUCCAAUCCCCCAAUCAUCACCAUCCAACACAGGAUCUCAAGCUCCCACGCCUACCAAAACGAAUACUCCCGCGUGGUAAACAAAGCCCAACCCUCAAGCUGCAUCCGCGACGCACUUGUACCGCACCCUCGACCCAAACAGUGGUCGAAUUACACAUCUCCGCCAUCCCAACCACGCUCCGCCGCGAGCUUAUAAACACAAUGUCAACACCACGCAUCCUCUCUCUCUUCGCGCGCGCCAUCCCCCGCACCUCCCGCGCCAUCGCAACAUCUCCACGAACUGUCCUCCGCGCUGCCCCCCGCCGUCUUCCCCUCGCAUACAGGCCAUACUCCUCCACGCCCACCUCGGCGGCCGCCCCCGCGCAACCCGCUGAGGACGCGCUAUCCCACCUCUCCCCCGCCGAACAACGCAUCCACAACUCACUCUCCGCGGGCCUAUCGCCCUCGUCUCUGCACGUUCAGGAUGUCUCAGGGGGGUGUGGGAGUAUGUUCGCGAUCGAGAUUGCGAGUAGUGCGUUUACUGGGGUUGGGAUGCUGGCGCAGCAGAGGAUGGUUAAUAAGUUGCUCAAGGAGCAGAUGGAUGAGGAGGGGUGGCAUGGAGUACAGAUUAAGACUAGUGCUACUGCUUGAGUUGGUGGUGGAAGAGAUGUAUGAUAGAUUGGGAGGCGGGGUGGUGUACAAGAAAGAGAUGGAAAACUGGUGGGCCAGCAGGGGACGGUUGUAUUUAUAACUAGACUGUCGAGU